AUGUUGGGCAGAGAACUGCUCGCUAUUUACCUAGCCAUUCGUCACUUCAGACACACAAUCGAAGGCUGCGCUUCUACCGUCUACACUGAAUAUAAGCCCCUCAUCAUCACCUUCAACUCUGCUUGCGACAAAUACUCACCAUGGGAAACAAGACACCUAGAUUUGUCACGCAGUUCGCUGCUAACAUACGCCAUGUCUCAGGUGUCGACAAUCCAGUUGCUGACGCUCUCUAAUGCAUCAACUUCACUAUCCAACCUUUGCCUACCGUCGACCUUACCGUUAUGGCAUCCGCGCGGGCUCAAGAUAAAGACGUACAACGCACUCUGCAAGCCACUUCGCUGCAUGUGCAACCUGUUACUCUCUAAACUACGGAAGGAGCCAUUC